UCAGCUCGGACACGCUGAGUGGCCGGUGUUUGUGGGGAAUGUGCAGCAGGCUCCGAGCAAAUGUUUAACAGGCUCAAUGUUUGUUGAAGGGAAGCUGGUGAUAAGUGUGGGUCUGGCCAGCGACUGCUUGUUGGUUCAGUGGUCGAGUAUACCACUGACCUCGGCAGCCUUUGGCCAUUUCAGGCUGGGAGUGGAUACGGGACGGGCUGAGGCGGCAGAGAGAUCCAAAAUGAAGACUCGGACUUUGAUCGUCGUUCUCUUGUGUUUCCUCACGUCCGUGAACAUCGCUGAUGUGCUGACUGAAGCCCAGGAGCUCUCAGCUACCCCCUCCACCCUGCCGUCAGAUGAGGAUGUCCAGCCGGCUGGGACAGAAGCCGACCCAAUGGCCACCGACAAGCCUUGCAACUGCCCGGAAGGUGGCCACCGUCCAGACGUUGAUCCAGAAGAUGACCAUCCAGAUGGUGGUUGUGACGGCGCCCACCAUCCAGAUGUUGAUCCCGAGGUUGACCAUCCAGGUGUUUAUCCGGAAGGUGACCAUCCAGAUGUUGCUUGUGACGGCGCCCACCAUCCACAUGUUCAUCCAGGAGGUGACCAUCCAGGUGGUGAUUAUGAUGGCGCCCACCAUCCACAUGUUCAUCCAGGAGGUGACCAUCCAGGUGGUGAUUAUGAUGGCGCCCACCAUCCACAUGUUCAUCCAGGAGGUGACCAUCCAGGUGGUGAUUAUGAUGGCGCCCACCAUCCACAUGUUCAUCCAGGAGGUGACCAUCCAGGUGGUGAUUAUGAUGGCGCCCACCAUCCACAUGUUCAUCCAGGAGGUGACCAUCCAGAUGGUGGUUGUGACGGCACCCACCAUCUAGAAGCCCCAUCAUUUUCCGAAGCUGAAUGGCUUGCAACGAUGAAUGAGUUGAAGAAGCAGCAGCGUCGGAGUGAUGGUGGGGAGCAGUUGCCAGAGCCAUGUGCGGGUGCCAGCUCACCGGAGACCAUGCAGCUGUUGGGAAAAGCCAUCACUGACUUUGGCAUGGAGAUGUUCCGGGAGGUCCUGAAUGGAACCAAGAAGCCAAACGUGAUCAUCUCCCCUCUCAGUGUGGUGCUGGGACUCGCUCAGCUCUCUCUGGGCUCUGCGAACGAGACAGAGAGGGAUCUGGAGGCAGUUCUACACUGGGGCUCGCUGGGCUGCCCACACUACACCAUGCGCACCGCCAUCAACACCUUCAGCCAGCGAGUGCUCGCCAUCGCCUCCACCAUCUACGUCCGCCACGGGUUCCACGUCAAGUCGGGCUUCCUGAAUGACUCGAAGAGUUUUUACCAAUCUCGGCCGCAGCCUCUGAGCGGGGACAGUGCGGACGACACGCGGAGGAUCAACGCAUGGGUGGAGGAGAAGACCGGCGGCAAGAUCAGAAACUUCCUCAAUCGCGUCCCCGGUGACGUUGUACUGAUGCUGGUCAACGCCAUCAACUUCAAAGGGCGGUGGCAGGUACAGUUUGACCCCAAAGCCACGGGAUCCGAGCCCUUCUACCUGGAGGACGGGCGCAUGGAGCACGUGGCCAUGAUGCAGCACCACAAGUACCCGACCAGUGUCAGCCGCGAUGAUGAGCUGCAGAGCGAGAUUGUCAGGAUAGCCUUCCAAAACAACAUGAGCUUCAUUGUGGUCAAGCCCAUGCUGAGCAGCAACCUCAACGCCGUCGCCAACAAACUCAAAAUCUCCGCCAUCCUGGGGCACCCCAAGCCUCUGCCGCUGCUGCUCAAGAUGCCUAAACUCAACAUUGACUUCGCCACCGACCUGCGAGAAUCUCUGCAGAGUCUCGGACUGGGCAGCAUCUUCCAGAAGCCGGACCUGAGCCGGAUGGCGGGUCAGCCCCUGGCCGUGUCAGCCGUGCAGCACAAGGCCACCAUGGAGCUGACGGAGGAAGGAGUGGAGGCUGCUGCCAGCACAGCCAUUUCCAUCAACCGCUCCCACAUGCAGUACGCCCUCAACAGCCCCUUCUUCUUCCUCAUCCGCCAUGACCCCUCCGGCAUCCCCCUCUUCAUGGGCACCGUCAAAGACCCUCAGCCCCAACUGCCGAAGAGCAAGCGCGACAAGCUGCGUCCCAUCCCCGAUUUCCUGCUGGAGGAGCAGGUCGCUCCCAAGUGAGGCCCGAGCUGAAGCCCACCCACCCCCCCACCGCCAGCCCUCCCUCGCCCCCCCCCCCCUCCCCGACCCCACCGCCUGCCCCCCCCUGACCACCGACCCUCGCCCUCCUCCCAUCCGGCCCACGCCCACCCACCCGAACGACCCCCGCCUCCCCACCUGACUCAUGACCGCCCACCGAUCCGAACCCAGACCUUACCUCCCUCAACCCCACCACCCGCCCAGCCCCCGCCCACCCGACCGGCCCCUCCUCCCAGUUUUGUAUAAAUCAAUAAACAAUGAU